AUGAAGCCCAACCUGACAGGCUCUUCCCCAGAGGCUUGCAAAGCUUCCAGCCAGGCACCACAGCAGAAGACUCAGGCCACACCCAUGCAGGCCCCUCGGCAGAAGGUUCUGGUGACUGGAGGAGGAGGGUACCUGGGCUUUAGCUUGGGUUCCAGCCUAGCCAAGAGUGGCUCUUCUGUCAUCCUGCUCGACCUCCGCAGACCCCAGUGGGAGCUAUUCCCAGGGACUGAGUUCAUCCAGGCUGAUGUCCGAGAUGAAAAAGCCCUGUACCGUGCCUUCGAAGGGGUGGACUGCGUCUUCCAUGUGGCAUCCUAUGGGAUGUCCAGUGCUGAGAAGCUGCAAAAAGAACAGAUAGAGUCUAUAAAUGUUGGAGGCACCAGACUAGUGAUUGAUGUCUGUGUCCGCCGGCGGGUUCCAAGGCUCAUCUACACCAGCACCAUCAAUGUUGUAUUUGGCGGGAAGCCCAUAGAACAGGGCGAUGAGGACUCUGUGCCAUAUUUCCCAUUGGAGAAGCACAUGGACCACUACUCCCGAACCAAAGCCAUCGCGGACCAGUUGACCCUCAUGGCCAAUGGAACACCUCUUCCAGGAGGAGGCACUCUGCGGACCUGUGUGCUCCGGCCUCCAGGGAUCUAUGGCCCUGAAGAGCAGAGGCACCUGCCCCGCAUGGCGAGCCACAUCAAGAAGAGGAUGUUCAUGUUCCGAUUUGGAGACCACAGGACACGGAUGAACUGGGUCCACGUGCGCAAUCUGGUUCAGGCACAUGUGCUGGCAGCCGAGGCCCUCACAGUAGCCAAGGCCUAUGUGGCUAGUGGACAGGUGUACUACAUCAAUGACGGGGAAAGUGUCAACCUCUUCGAGUGGAUGGCCCCACUGUUUGAGAAGCUAGGGCACAGCCAGCCCUGGAUCCAGGUGCCCACUUCCUUGGUUUACCUGACAGCCACCAUGAUGGAGUAUCUGCACCUGGCCCUGAGGCCCAUCUGCAGUGUCCCACCGCUGCUCACCCGGAGUGAGGUGCGCAGCGUGGCUGUGACGCACACCUUCCAGAUCGCCAAGGCCCGCGCCCAGCUCGGCUACGUGCCGGAGAAGUUCAGCUUCGCCGAUGCCGUGGAACUAUACGUGCAGUCCAUGACCGGGCGGCCCCGCGGCCCCACGGCGCGGACUCUCCUGCGGCUGCUGCUCGGGCUGCUGCUGCUCGGCCUGCUCACCCUGGCCCUGCUCUUCCCAGGCCUGCUACCGGCCGUCUUCUGAGCUUCGCCACCUGCCUGGUCCCUGCCCUUGCUUCACCUUCCGUGCUUGGGCCGCGCCCGCCCCACCCUAUGGGUUACGCCCUUGCUCCGUCCCCUCUCCGUCCUAAGGGUCUUGGUCCCGCUUCCGCUGGCCUGGCCCGAUUACGGACGAAGUCGUAGCCUUAGAGUCGGCUUCACCUUGCGGGGCCUCUCCCCGCUCAUGCCCAAGCCUGUCCCGAUCCCGGAUUUUCCCCGACCCACCUGGCCCCACCAGUACGUCUGAGCCCACCCCUUGGCUUCUACUUCCGAAACUGGUCCCUCCCCUCUCCUACUUGUGAUUCGGUCCCAGCCCCGCCGCGCCCCCUGUGGCUCCACCCACCUCUCGCACGCCGCCUAGGUGAGCUCUCUGGGCGGCCAGCAGCAAUCCAGCGGCUAGUGUUCAAUGCUGCUGCCUGUCUAGGGCCUCCGGACUCUUCUCACUGCCCAAGCUUCUCUGGGCUUGUCCUGAGAUCGUCUUGGCUUCCUGAAUUAGACCCAUUCCAGGAGAACUGCGUUUGAUACGCUGGUACCCUAAUGUUUUGGGUUCCUUCACUCGUGCAGGUCUCUCUUUGUGUUGAUAUCCAGGAUUGGAAGGACGCUGGAACCCCAGGCUUCUGACUAGACCAACCUGGCCUUUUUGGGUUUCCAGUUUAUGAGUCUGGGGAUGACUCAGCUUAUUGUAAUCACGGGUUUCUGUACCAGCAAAAACAUAAAAAAAGAAAAAAGACUUUAAGGUGGUCAAAAGGUACAAAUUCCCAGCAUUAAAUAUGUAAUGGAAAUGUACAGCAUGGUUACUAUGGUUGAUAAUUUGUGUAUGUAUUGCUAAGGGAGUAGAUCUUAAAAGUUUUCAUCACAAGAAAAAAACGUGCUGUGGUGAUGAGUAACUCGACAUU